UCUCAUUGGGAGACUCGCAGCUCACCGCCUCACCACCACGCCGAUGCUGCUUCACCCCGCUGGACUUUGAGGCCGUCAUGGCCGUCUGGGCGCUGACGUUGGCGCUGCUCGCCCUCGCUCACGGACGAAGACCCGCCCUCCCCGCCAUGUCGGUCAAAGACGGUUGUUUCACGGUGCUGCCAGAGGUGGAGCUGUUCCACAUGGAGAGCGAGGUGGUGGUGGUGUCUUUCCCCAUGUUCCGGAGGACGCUCAAAGUACGCAACAUUGCCCCGCCCACGGCGACGUACCGCGUCGCCAAGGGCAACGCCAGCGCUGCCGCCUCCCUGGACGGCGAGGGGCGUGUCCAGCAGCGUGGCACUGACUUGUGGCUCCUCCCAUCUCAGGUGUCCGACUCUGGGGAGUACACCUGCACCUUCAGGAACGCGAGCUACUGCGUGCGAGGUAGCGUCACGCUGACGGUGUACGCCGCGUCCUCCGUGGACGUCCACAAGCUGUCCUAUCAGUACAAGGUCACAGCGGGACACGACGUCACGCUCCGAUGUCCUUCCAGGAAUCACUUUGACCGCAGCGCGCUACGCAUCGAGUGGCAGGCGGACUCCGCCCCCGGCCGCCUCCUAGAUGCCCAACGAUGGCGCUCUUUUCGCCAAGAGGGCGGAAAGUUGUUCAUCUCGGCGGUGCAGCCAUCGGACGCCGGCCUGUACAGGUGUCGCCUGGGCGUGAUGGUGGACGACAGGAAGUACUCGGCCAGCAGGCUCUUUCAGCUCCUCGUGCAAGGUUCUGAAUUAGUUGCGACUCAAACGGCGGUGGAGCAGACUUCUGCAGUGACCUCUGACCCUGCCUCUCCCACCGUCAGGUGUUCGCCACCGCUGAUCAUCUCGCCGGCCAACAGAAGCAUCUUUGAGGCGGCACACGGGUCUGGAUUAGAAGUUUGGUGCCAGGUUGUGACCGAGUGUGACGUCAUGGCAUCAACCGCCAUCUUCUGGUUGGUCAACGGCCUCCAGGUGGAAUCUUCCUACCUGGACGGGCGAGCCCUGCAGGGGGGCAGGAAGGAGAGCAGGACGGCGUCGGGCUGCCAGGUGGAGUCCAGGCUCAUCGUCGUGGCGAUGACGGACCAGGACGCGGAGGCGGAGCUCCGAUGUGUGGCUCACAACCGCGGCGGCAGACAGGAAGUGGUGGUCCGCCUCCAUCUGGAAGAUGCCACGCCCACCUGGAUGGCGGUCUCUGUGGUGGCCACUUCCUGUUUCCUGGCGGUGGUCUUGGUCUUCCUCUGCGUUCUACUCAGGCCCAAACAGAAGAAGAAGAAACUGGACUACUUCCUGGCCCGGCAGAACAGCACCACCUGCAGUGCGGAGGACUGAUCACCUCCCACUUUAUUGAUCACCUCCCACUUUAUUGAUCACCUCCCACUUUAUUGAUCACCUCCCACUUUAUUGAUCACCUCCCACUUUAUUGAUCACCUCCCACUAUAUUGAUCACCUCCCACUUUAUUGAUCACCUCCCACUUUAUUGAUCACCUCCCACUUUAUUGAUCACCUCCCACUUUAUUGAUCACCUUCCACUUUAUUGAUCACCUCCAACUUUAUUGAUCACCUCCCAUUUCAUUGAUCACCUCCCACUUUAUUGAUCACCUCCCACUUUAUUGAUCACCUCCCACUUAAUUGAUCACCUCCCACUUUAUUGAUCACCUCCCACUUCAUUGAUCACCUCCCACUUUAUUGAUCACCUCCCACUUUAUUGAUCACCUCCCAGUAUAUUGAUCACCUCCCACUUUAUUGAUCACCUACCACUUCAUUGAUCACCUCCCACUUUAUUGAUCACCUCCCACUUUAUUGAUCACCUCCUACCUCAUUGAUCUGAUUUUAGUUUAUUGACCACGCCCCUCCCCCCCUUCCCCACAUAUAUCCAUCCAUCCAUUUCCUACCCCUUGUCCCUUUUUGGGGUCGUGGGGGGCGCUGGUCCCUAUCUCAGCUACAAUCGAGCGGAAGGCAGAGUACACCCUGGACAAGUCGCCACCUCAUCGCAGGGCCAACACAGAUAGACAGACAACAUUCACACACUAGGGACCAUUUAGUGUUGCCAAUCAACCUAUCCCCAGGUGCAUGUCUUUGGAGGUGGGAGGGGCCUAUCCCCAGGUGCAUGUCUUUGGAGGUGGGAGGGGCCUAUCCCCAGGUGCAUGUCUUUGGAGGUGGGAGGGGCCUAUCCCCAGGUGCACGUCACUUAUAUAAUGGUAUUAGAAAAGCUGUUUGGAACAACAUCUUACUAGGACACAUCAUUUGUUUCACGCCCCCCCUGAAAUGACUGUUUAUUAAUUUAUUCAUGAGAAUGUGUCAAUAUGUAUGCAAAUAUGCUAUUGCCUCUCACGGCCCCCCACAUAUAUAACAGUAUUAAAAGAGUUUGAAACAACAUUUUACUAGGAGACAGAAUGUUUUCACGCCCCCCCCCCCGUAGUGAAUGUUUAUUAUUUCAUUAUCCAUAUGUGUUAAGAUAAAUGCUAUUGACUCUCACGCCCCCCCCCAUAUAUUAUAUAACAGUAUUAAAAAAGCUGUUUGGAACAACAUUUUACUAGAAGACGGAAUGUUUUCACACCCCUCCUUGUUGUGAAUGUUUAUUCAUGCAUAUAUGUCAAGAUGUAUGCUAUUGACUCUCACGCCCCCCUGCUCCCCUUCCCCACAUAUAUAACAUAUUAAAAAAAACUGUUUGGAACAACAA